GUAUGUGGAUCAGUGGUUUAGUGCGCACCUCCCCUCUCCACGGCGCGGAGAGCUUCCUUUCGCUUUACGGAGUCUGCUUGCAAUUCCUGCUCUUCAUGCCAGAGCCUGCAGCUGUCUCUGCUGCGUCGUCGCUCCGGGUUGACGAUCCGACGACAGACUCGCUCACCUCGAAGUGUCAAAGCAAACCCGAAGGAUACCGCAACUUUUCACCAAUUUCCAACACUGUCGGGAGAGUGAAUGAAGACACCUGACAGCUCGGAACUCCCCAUCCGCGUGUUUACUAAAAUCUUUGCAACUGUGAAGACUAUGGGAAUGUGGGUUACAAGUCUGUGUCAGCGUGAAAAGACCCGCCUCUGCCCUUGACACCAUGACCACAGACUUGAACUUGACCUCCUUGCUCAAUGCAACAGAUCUGCACAAUCACACAAGAGGAUGUUCCCUCACCAAGACAGGUUUCCAGUUCUACUACCUGCCCACUGUUUAUAUUAUGGUCUUCAUCACGGGGCUGGUGGGCAACAGCCUGGCCAUUUGGAUGUUUGUGUGCCACAUGAGACCCUGGAGCAGCAUCUCUGUCUACAUGUUCAACCUGGCUCUGGCUGACUUCUGCUACGUGCUCUCCCUGCCCUUCCUCAUCUUCUACUACUUCAACAAAACAGACUGGAUAUUCGGGGAUGUUCUGUGUCGACUACAACGCUUUAUAUUUCAUGUAAAUCUUUACGGGAGCAUUCUGUUUCUGACCUGCAUCAGCGUUCACAGGUACUCCGGGGUGGUGCACCCGCUCAAGUCUCUGGGUCGACUGAAGAAGAAAAACGCAGUCAUUACCAGUGCGUUGGUGUGGGUGGUGGUCAUUAUAGGUAUCUCCCCCAUCCUUUAUUAUUCCAGGACCGGUCUGAAGCGUAAUGCAACCACUUGUUAUGACACCACCACUGAGGAUGAGUUACCAGGUUAUUUCAUCUACAGCAUGACGUUGACUGUGUUUGGGUUCUGCAUCCCCUUUAUUAUCAUAUUUUGUUGCUAUGGUAUGAUUGUUAAAGCAUUGAUCUGCAACGAUAUGAACAAUGCCCCCCUGCGGCAGAAAUCAAUCCAUCUGGUUAUCAUUGUGCUCACAGUCUUUGCCGUCUCCUACCUGCCUUUCCACGUGAUGAAGAACCUCAACAUGAGGGCCAGGCUGUACUUCCAGAGCCCUGACAUGUGUGACUUUAAUAACCGUGUCUACGCCACCUACCAGGUGACACGGGGGCUGGCCAGCCUCAACAGCUGUGUAGAUCCUGUUCUUUACUUUCUGGCUGGAGACACUUUCAGGAGGAAGUUGUCACGGGCCACUAAAAAAACUUCCAGGAAGGGGGACCAUGUCCUUCAGUCCAAGAGUGAGGAGACAGCACUCAACAGCCUGGCUGAGUAUGUGGAGAACGGAGAUCGGAGGCAGUGACAGGGUGCCCCUGGGCGCCUACUCAUGGAUAUGGAUCUCUGUCAGCUUUAGAAUCCACGAUGCACUCAGCAGUGAAUAACUAGAGGCGCCGUGUAGACUGAUGGCUGUGUGUACAAUCUACUGGAUGAUGGUUUAAAGAACUGUAGGAUGAAUACUCUAUUUUAUCCUGCGAUGACUUGCUCACUUGCAGUCCAUCGAUGUGUACUGUAUUGUCCUGUACAUGUGUUGUACUUUAAGCGUUAGAGCCAGUAGUUAGGGCUGCUUACACCUUGGACAAAAUUUGCAUCACACUCCAGCAAGGUGGGGGAAAUAAGUUUCUCUACACGUAAUAAUGUUCCGGUCAUCCAUUUGUUCAAAAAUUGGACCGAGAAUGGGUAUCACCCUGUCUAGUCACUGAACUGAUGCUUAAUCAAUAGCUAUUAAGCAUGUGAGAGCUUAUGGUUAAGGAAGUGUAGCCGAGAUGGCUCUUAGAGGUAAAAAGUAAAUGCACUGAACCUGAGUUUGCUGCACGGAUGUGCCGUGUGGACAUUGUAAUGCACUAUGACUGAGCACUCUCUGCUUUGAGUGCGACCUAUCACUCCUCAUUUUGUUCGCCAUCUAUUACUGCCUGGGUGAGGGACGUGGUCGACUAGUUUUCCAUUUUGACAGUCCUGAGGUUUACAAUGGCCCCAUUACCACAGUCUUUCUCUCCUUGUUAACUUGUUUCCUACAGAAAAAGAUAAUACUUGGUAUUUUUGUGUAUAUGGCAAUACACUUAAUGUUUUUUAGCUGUACUGUAUAGUAUUAGGUUGUGCAGAUUAGGCUGUGCAGUUAAUAGUUCUGAUCAAAUCAGUGUCUCUAAUCCAGACUUUUAUUGCAUGAAUCUAGUAUCUGUUACCACCAGUGAAACACUGACUCUUACUCCAUAUGUUUAUUUCAACAUAUGGAGUAAUAGCUUACAAAUGAGCAGAGCGGACACACACUCACCUGCUCUGUGACUCUGUCAGCAUAGUGACUUGUUUGUAUGAGAUACCUCAAAGUAAAUCUUGCACUGUUCCUGUGAUUUGGCAGAUGUUCAUUUCUGUUUUGUAUCUGUUGUGAUCAUUCUGGAGAAAUGACCAUGUAGCGCUCUCAAAAUAUAUUUACUCGGGAGUGCACACAGUAGAUGUUUGAUGUCUGUACUAAUACAUCUGUAAAUCUAUAACGUGGUCAGCUAUCAUCAAAAAAGGAAGUGAAUUAUCUGUACAGGAUAUCUGGGGCCACAUGUAUCUUUGUC